CGUCACAGUAAACCGACCAUGCUUUGCGCAUUAACGUUACAAUGACGUCAUUCUGCUGCGACAGUGCCUGCUCCCUCCGCACUGCUGUUUCAACGGGAAAGUGAGCGUUAUCUGCGCCAGCUGUCAGCUGUGGACUCUGAAGAUGACCCACCAAAAAGCAGAGAAUAUUAGCUCCAUUCCUAUUGAUGGAUUCAGUCAUUUAAGAAUCACGUCGAUAUGGACGUUUCUCAUGUCUGUCCAGUGGUCUGAGCCGUGGCUCAUUGGACUUUUGGCGUUUCAUGUUGUCUGUUUGUUCACGACCCUGCUGACAUGUAACUUCUACAGAGUACAGAUCUGUCAGUUCCUUCUUAUGGUUGGCAUGGUUUUUAGCGCUGAAUAUCUAAAUGAGGCAGCAGCUAUGAACUGGAGGUCAUUUUCAAAUUUCCAGUACUUUGAUUCCAAGGGCAUGUUCAUAUCCUUGGUCUAUUCAAUCCCCCUUCUGUUCAACACAGUCAUCAUUGUGGGGAUGUGGGUACACAGGACCUUCACCACUAUGACUGAACUGAAGACCCUCCAGCUGAAAAGAAAGGCCCGCAGAGAGAACCGAAAAAAGAGCGAUUGAUCCCUCUGCUCUCUUUUUAAACAGGCUCAGUCGGGUAGCAUUGAGGAUCCAGUUAGUCUCUCUUCUUGGCCAUUCCUGGAGAUCAGCUGAGCAGACACAGAUUUCUCUAGUUGUAGCUGUUGAUGGAGGAAAGAACACUACUAUAGUGCUCUCUCCUGAUACAUUUUCCCUGGUGGUCUGGAGAUUCAGCCCACUUCUCUGAAACUCGGCUCACAAACCCACUUCUCUUAAACUUCAGCCUGCAGCCACCUGCGAUGAGUGACAUAUCAAUGUCUGUAUCAUCACAGGCAGGUCCUCACUUUUUGUUAUUAUACCAUCAGGUCAAGCAAGGAUGGAGAGUUGAUAUCAAAUCCUACUCUCAUAGCCUUCCUGUUGCUGUGACAUAGUGAUAUAAGCAAAAUUGAGAAUAUGGUUGGAAGAAAAGCAUGAAUGAUGGAGUUUGUCUUUUUUUAAAUAUUAUUUGUUUUGUUUUGCCUUUUUUGGGGGGGGGGUAAUUCUCGUGCCAUUUUUCAUGUUGUAAAUACUGGUGGUUGGUGCUGUUCACUGUCUGAGGACCAAAGAACAUUUUAUUGUCUUGUGUUUGAUAUCAUUUAAUUGUCUUAGAGCAACAUUACAAAAGUCUAUGAGAGAUAUUGUUUAUUUUAUUUUUUUUGUUGGCUGUUGCAUUUAUAAAUAAUGGCUGCACAGGUCAAGUCUUUAAUUCCUCUUUAUUCCACACGGUGGAGCAGUGUUGACCAAAUGAUCCGCUUUGCUCAUCCUGUUGAAGAAGGCCAUGAUAGGCAGGGAUCACUGUAGAGCCCACACAGCAGUGCUGCUCUCUCAGGCCGCAAAUUAAGUAACACUCAUGGGUGGAGAAGCUAUCUCUCUCAUAAUACAUACUACAUACAGACAUAUAUCUCUGUAUAUCUCUAAUAACCUCAAGGUAAACUGAUUAGUGUUCAGUGUUCACACCACUUAUGUGGUGUAAAAGCCACUUUGGAUUUCUGUCCGGUAAUACCUCAUUGCAGUAAAAGCAUUUGGGAUAUAUGGCCGUUGUAGUAUCAGCAUUGUAAAAGUUGAUGAUAUAGGCAGUGUACUGAAAUUGAGUCGAGGAAUGACUCUUAGAUUGGGGCUAUAGAAAACGUUUACUUUAUAAUAUACAUGUUUGACAAUACUUUACUAAGCUUUAGAUCAAAUAAACUAUUUCUUGCAAAUGCAAUAGGCACUCUUGAAAUAACCCAAACCCCAGAACUGGCGAAAUAAUAAUAGGGCCACAAGCUACCCAAAAAGGAUUUUCGACAUGCAUAAUGUGAAAAUAACGUUCCAUCAAAAUCUUUUAGUUCUCCCCAAAGUCAUUCAAAUAGCUAUAAGAACUGAGGUUACCAUCUCCCAGCACGUCAAAUGUUUUUUUUUUAUCAUCUUGAUCUUUGGAGGGGUGCUGCUCCUGUGUAUCAUGUAGUUUGUACUGAGGCAAAGCAGAGAACCGGCAAGAAACUGAUUACCCGUCAUUGCUCAUGAUUCAACCAUUUCCCUUUAUUACACGGAACUAGACAGGAGACGAGGCUGCCCGAGAUGGAGAUUAAGAAAUAACUGCUAAGACAUAUAUCACUUGUUUGGGCUUGGAGACUGACUUGGUGUGCUAGCCUGGAUUGCAGUCUGAUACCCAUGAUGAAUUUUAUUUCAACUGAAGAGUUGCCAGAGAUAGAAUGCCAGGUGCUUUGGUAUAAGAAACAAUUAUGCAAAAACUUUUUUAAAGCCAAACCCUUUAGUAAAUGGCUUGCGUACGACAAAAAUACAGGUUAUACACUCUACACACUCCAUACAUCUUUUCUCCACCCACACCUCAUUUUUAACUUUUGGGUAUCUGAUACGAACUGGCCUGUUGUUUUAUUUUUAUUUAUAUCACUCUCUGUUUUUCCAGAUGGAUAGGAUACGUGUCGGUAUGCCGUUCCAGACAGGAUUUGUCAGGGUCUAUAUCUUAGAAGGUGAUUGAUUGCCUCAGGCAGUUGUAUUCAUAAUAUGAAAGUUGUCUUAGGAGGAGGAAGGGAGUAAAA